GGCUAGCGGAACAACAGCAGCAGCAGCAGCAGCGGAGGGUACGGAUUCCGCGUCGGUUGCCAGCAUCAAACCGAGAUUUAUUACCGUUUCCCGUGUUCAUGUGAAACAAAAGGUAAAGUCAUGUAUUAAUUUGCUCAUACAGUUUGCCUAGCUUCGGUUACAAUAGUACGAAAGCUAACAGAGAUUUGUGAGGUUAAUUUUAACUCAAGUAGCAAACGACAACGACGUGUUAGCCGCUAGCUAGCUUGUAAGACGGAAACGGUUUUGUCAUGAAUUGGCUAAAAUGGGAAACGAUGCGGUACAUCACAGGUACGUUUCAACAAAAGCGAGAGGGAAGAACGAAAUAUUAGCUCGUAAAACAACUACGAUUUGAUACCUUUUACUGCCACAUUGUACAAACCAACAUUUUAACCAAAUAAAUGUAGCGAUCAGUCACAUUUAGCCUCUAGCUUGCCCUGUUUGGUCAAGUGUGAUUUCCUUUGUGAAUUGAAGAGUGAAGAAGGGUAGUUUGUUUCAACAAGACUGCCUGUAUACAUCCAAGAUCCAGCCAAAAGUAAUGUACAACUUCCCGUAACCUCUUGGGGACGUACAUGUUUGUAUAACCCUAUUAUGUAACGCUAAUACAUGUGCUCAUGUUGUUAUUUUUGUGGGUACUCAGAUCAGUCUGUCGAGGUUGUUUCUGGCACGUUGAGGGGCAGAUGAAUCAAAAGCAGACAGCUGCUCGGGGAUAUUAACAUUCAGUUCAAACAUUGUGCAAGAAAAGACCUUCAGAGCACAUGGAAGUCCUCUGGGUCGUUACUUGAGUGAUCUAAUGCAGUCUAAUACAACAGCUCUACGAUAUUCUACUUCUACGAAUCCUCCAUAAUCUUUAUACUCGUGGACAUGGCCAAGCAAGUGAUGAUUAUUCUUUAAAAUUAGUUGUUGAAUUUGUUGUUGUUGUUUUUUUUUUUUAAAUUUUUAUUUAACCUUAAAUUAACCAGGUUUGUCCCAUUGAGAUCUUAGGAUCUCAUUUGCAAGGGAGACCUGACCAAGAAUGGCAGCAAUACAUAGUUACAACAAACAGUGACACAGACUCAAUACAGAAAAAAAGUGUGAGGAAACAUCAGUUAAAACAGAGACAUUCUGAGAGUUUGGACUCCAGCUUUUUAACUGCAGAUUUGAAAACGGUCAAAGACACCAAGUUUUGCAGCUUAAAUUCAGUCUUCAGGUUAUUCCAUGUGGAGGGGGCAGAGAACCUGAAAGCCCCCUUUCCCAUUUCAGUUCGGACUCUGGGGACAACAAACUGUACAAAUCUCAGUGAUCUCAGGUUGUGUAAUCCGUCCUUAAUGAUCAAUAAGGAGGAGAGGUAGACUGAAAUUUUUCCAAGAAUGCCUUUGUAAAUUAAAAACGUACCAAUGACCAAGCCGACGAGUACUUAAACAAGUCCAACUGACUUUGGAGAAUAAAUUACAGCGAUGAGUUAAAAAUCCACAAUUUGUUAUAAAUCUCAGAGCUCCAUGGUAAACAAUGGUAAACAUUUGCAGACUCUGGGCAGAGGCAUUCAUGUAUAAAACAUCGCCAUAAUCAAGAAGAGGUAAGAAUGUAGACUUCACAAGUCUCUUUUUAACAUUAAAAGAGAAACAGGACUUGUUUCUAUAGUAAAAGCCGAAUAAAACUUUCAGCUUUCUAACUAACAUGUGUGGGUGAUGGUGGAGUGCAUUAUAUCAAAAAGAGUUGAUUAUGAACAAAGUAUGAGCAACAUCUUUCAAUAUUUAUCCCACUGACCUCUCCUCCAUUUCAUACAUUCACACUCAGCACCUACUGCAUCGCUUGUGCACUUUGUAAAUAUUUCUCUUAUACUUUUAUAUGUCUUUAAUAUUUUUUUGUAUCCUUAUUCUUAUUGUAUUCCUCUCAGUACUUAUUGUGUGUUUUAUCUGUACUCCUUUGAGUUGAGCGGUCCUCUCAUCCAGGGUAUUUCAUUACCUUGUUGACCUUGUUUAACGUGCACAUGACAAAUAAACAGGUCUUGAAUCUACACACUCCAGUAAACCCCCACCACCACCCACUAUAUUUUCAGUGAUGAAUAUAAAACAAAGUCAUCACAUGUCUGAUCAUGUGUUGAAAAAUUGAAAUUGUAACAGCUUCCUCAGAGUAGAAUUUGUGAUGGAGUUGUUGUAUUUGAUUGAUUAGAUUAGCCAAUGUUCAUAAUGAUACAGCUGGUUGGUGUAUGUACCCCAGUCUGUUGUCGAUUAACUCGAUAUCAGUGGGUUAACAGGAUUAUGAUGACACAGACUGAACAAAUCAAUAGUCCAAGAAUUUGCUCUGUAACAUUUUGUUUUUCCAAUUUCUUUUUCUUUUUUGUGUGUGAUUUAGAACUGAAGUUAUUGUGUCUUGUUUCGUCUGCUUUUCUGUACAGUGCUAAUGCAAUUGACUUUCUUACUCGACUCAGGUGACCUUGUCUUGUAUGGAAUGACGACUUCACAUAGAUAUAUUGAAUCCAAACCAGCGGGUAAGUUGAGACUCAGCUGUCAAAAUGUACUAGCUGUAUACCAGUGUGACAUUAGUUGAUUAUUUGUUCCUCUGUUGCUGUUGUCUUGUUGCACAAAUAUACAUUAGCUCGCUUUGCUGACAUGGAGUGGCAGACGCCAGCUGUGUCAGAGAAGUUCCAAAGCCGUUUUGGCCGUCGGCCUGGAACGUCGGACAGCGGGGACACUGGUCUUGGCACCUCAGCAUCUGACAGCACAGAAGGUGAUGACUUUUGCUUGUUCCUCCUUGGCGGUCUGUAGCUUGUGUUAUGUAACAUUGUUUUGAAGCCUGUCUGUCAGUCCAUGAUGGGGCUCCAGUUUGCACUUCACAUGCACUCUCCAUUAACACGGUACAUACCAGUGUUGUGCCAUUGAUAUUCUUGACUUUUAAAUUGGAUUAUAAGCUGACUUGAAAGUUGAGAUUUUGUAAUGAGAGAAGCCACAAAUGCUCCUCAGACUUAACCGCCACUGCUCCUAUGUGCUAAGGAAAGACUUUGUCCUCGCUCUUGUGGGUUUUGUCUCUUAAGCUUUUUAUAGAGUGAUGAAAACAUCCAUGAUCCAUUGUGAGUGAUUGACAGAUUUGCAGAGGAAGAAUAGAGUCACGGUCAAAAAUCCUCUGAGGCACCACUCUUGUGUAAAGGUUAAUUGCUGUGAGAAAUUGUUUGAAUGUUUGGACAGAACUGCUGAAUGAAUAUGGGGCUUUGUUUAUGAUGUGAAAUGUUUCAUCAAAUGUUCAUUUUUCAUGUAUGUUAUCAUUAUUUUAAAUGGAGUUAUCCCUCUGGAGAAAAUCUGAAAUAUCACAGGAGAUGAUGGGAGUGUCUAUGUGCUAUAUUUAUAUGUGUUUUGGUUACCCAGAGUGGAAAAAAUAACUGACAAGUAGUAUCAGGAAGGUUCCAUGCAAUGGAUGGACAGCUGGACUGGAUGAUCCCAUGUGCCUCAGGAAACACGACAGAAUAACAGCCUGGAAAAAUCAUCAGAGGGGUACAAGCUCUUUAGGGUUUGAACUUUCACUAAGUUUGUGUUCAUGGCAGGGCGGCCAGAUAUGAACUGUUACCAAUGACAACAGAUAGGUUAAAGGUUUUAAUAACAUGUUUGUGUCACUGGCUUCCCCUGGGUAGCCCUGAUAAAACACAUGCUGUUUUUUGUUUUCUUUUAGUUCUAUUUAAUAAACAGUUUAACAUCCUGAUUGUUGCUAGUUUGGUGAAAAUAUCCGGAUUUUUAGUACUGGCCAAAAUGAUUCUUCACAUUUUUGCUACUGCAGAGUGUGCAUCCAUCACUACCUCUUGUCUACUCCUCUGCAUUCACAAGACCUCUGCACCCUCACCCCCACCUUCCACCAUCACCUGUCCAGAUAAACACCACUAACCCAAGGAUGGAUUGAUGAUUGACAACAGUGUCUUUUUUGUUUUAAGCAUGUCCAUUGUUCUCUUAAACGCUUUACAAUAGUAUUCAUUGAGUGCAGUAUGACUUGUACGACAGCAUUCUUUGGUGGAAUGAAGCUGCCUUUGAGCUGAUAUAUGUUUCAGGUCCUGACUUGACGUGUAGGACUCAUCGGUUGGUAGAUUUACAUGAUUUUUGCACAAGUCUACUCAUGCUUGUACAGUGUGUGGUUUGGUCUCCGGAUUUGAAUUUACAGCUGCUGUAAUUACGUGAGCGUUUUUCAUCAUGCUACUACUACUUACAGUUAGAUCUACUGAACACACUACUGUUGCCAGCACAGCUUUGUCCUUAAACUGGCAGUUGUACCUAACAGCUAAACAAUGAGCCCAAAAGUAAGUAAACAAAGAUGCUUGACAGACAGAAUACUUUAUAUCGAACUGCCAUCAAACAUUUUUUUAAUCAACCUCUAAGGGUCAUUGUUUUGAAAAGGAGUAGUCUAUUUAUCAGUACAUUCAGUUUUACAGCUACAGGUAACUUAUAAUUUAGUUUUAUACCCUCAGAGGAGAGGAAUGUUAAAGCAAACAGCAAUCAAAUGUUCUUCAUCCAGGGUAGUUAGGACUUGUUGGAGCUGCUCCAGUGUCACUGAAGCCUGCAGCCUUCCUUUAUUUUUCAGCUUUUAUCUUCUUGAAAGUCCGAUAUUUACUCACGUUUUAUGAAUAUCUGUUGUCCUAUCUGGUCGCAAAGAAACCUUUGGUAAACAACAUUGCUGUUUAGAGCGAGCAAACCCCUCACCCUCAGUUUUGACUUUGAAUGUACACGUGUGUGUGUGUGUGUGUUAGAGUGGGAGGGAGCAAGGUGCUUAAAUAAGCGGCACCCACAGAUCACACCGUAACUUGAGAGGUGGGCUAUAAAUACCCCUAACCUUUCCGGUGUAUGCCUGUUUGUGUGUUUGCUCAGGGCUUGAUACUGGCUUGUUCGGCUGUCCGGGGACAAUACAACUUUGGGCACAGAGCCUGUCUUCUCUAAAGCUAACAGUCUUAGCUGUAAAGGUUGAUCCGGUUCAGACAUGCUGGAGAAUCGUCGUUUGCGCUUUAAGACUGCAGCACAGCGCUCUUUAGUGUAGUUUUUUCGAAAAAAUGCCACAGCUAAUAACACGCUUGCUGCGCUCGAGUGAAUGCCAGAUUUCCAGACUUCAGCAGGUUCCUCAGGUUCGUAAAACUGUCAGAAUCAGAGUGAAGUAACCUUAACCUGUGUCGAGGCUUGCUCGGUUGAAGUGUUUUUUGGCUGAUUGUGUCGUGUUCUUCCAUGUGUUUCUAAAGUUCUUCUUUGUAAGCAUAAUGUGAUCUCUGAGGUUUCUAAAUGAAGACUGUUCACAUUUUUCUGCAUGUUUACUGUGGUGGGUGUGUCUUCUGUAAGGUGAUCUCAGAGUGUUUAUCUCUGUAGGUUGUUAAGGGACUCAUUCAAAAAGUUUUUGCUUGUUGAAAUUAAGACCCUUUGGUCAGCAGGUCUAUCCUGGAAAGAGUCUUGCAUGUUAAUCAAGAACAUAGUUAAUGUAAGCUUUCUCUCAACCGUUCUGCAACAUAUUGUCUUUGUUAAUCUUGUAAAAGAGAGCUUUAUUCUACGCAUUGGUUUAAGUCUAUUAAAAGCUUAUUCCCUGGGUUGAGUCAGUCAGAGCCAGUUAAUUCUUUUCAGUGGUGGUGACACCUCAUCUUCAAAGUAGGCCACCCAUAAACCCUGCUGCAUCUACUUUACAUCACUGCCUGAAAAUAGAGGAAAUGGCCUGCAGUAGUGCUCCACAUACUCCGCACUGAUUUAACAGGGUCUGUCGGUAUGUGACAGUGUGAGAAGAAAUAAAACACUCAUUCACAUUUCUAAUGUGUCUUUCCUUUUUUUGCUCUUUUAAGAUUUCUGCAGUACCAGCAGCAGUAGCCCCCCUUUCCAGCCCAUCCGCAGUCAGAUCCCCAUACCCACUGCACAUGUCAUGCCAUCCACGGCCGGAGCCCCGGCCCAGAAGCCCCAGUCAUGCUUCCACGAGGACUCGCUGUCCUCUGAGGGUCACCGGUCUUCCUCUGGCUCUAGAACCCCAAGCGGCUCCACCUCGAAGUCUUCCUCUCUCUCCAAGUCGGCUUCUUCACCCAACUUGGACGCUCAGGCCGGUGUGGGAGGCGACCCCGCUGGGCCAAAGCCAGACUGCCUGAGUCGCUACAGGAGCCUUGUCAAUGGACUGGACCACUCUCUCUUCCCUACGGAUCACACGCAGGUGGAUGAGGGCCAGAGGUUUGACACACCCGCAGUGGAGCCCACGCUAAAUCAGUCUGUCCUGUUGGGGGGGUUAUGCCCUGAUGUCAGACUCCGAUUACAGGCGACCGGGAUUCGAGACGCCUCAGACUGUGUGUCCGAGGCCUACAGAGGAGGCAUGCAGCACAGCUUUAAGGUUCUGCCUGAGGCCAGGCCCGGGGUUCCCGGCACAGCAGAAACCUGUAAUCAGAGGGGAAGUCAGCCUGGUGCAGCCGGAUCCCCUGGACUUUAUGCAAACCCUCUCAGCCUGCAGACACAGGCUCUGCUGAGAGAGCAUGCAGCCUCCAAGGGUUAUGAGCCAUUGCGGCAAGACAGAUGUAGUGAACUCUCCAGCUGGCAGCAGCAGCAGCAACAAAAGCAGCAACUUGAGAGUUUACGCCUGCAAGUGGAACAAAUGCAGGUAAGCAUUCAUCUUAAAAUAGACACAGUAACCCACUGGGGGGAUGAGUAGCACAGUGAUAACACACGCGAGUCUUAAGUGCACGGGUUUAACUCUCUGAAGAGAACACCUUGAGAGGGUAAAGGUCAAUGAAGUAACCAUGUCUGUUGUUUGCAGACAUAGAGAUCCGGUCGUAUAUUGGGGGGCUGGUAGUGGUACACUUAUAUGGGUCAACAGUGGAAAUGAAUGUCCCACUAAACAAAGCCUCAGGCGGUGUAGACACAGUGUCCUAUUUUACAGCAAGGGUGACCAGUCUAUUGGCAGAGUGGCUACUAUACCAUAAGACCUUCAAAGGAUUUCUGGUAUCUAUUAGUAGAAAAAACUCAAAAGAAGUUGAAUUUCAUUAACGUUUGAACCCGAGUCCUCCUGAAGUGUAUUUGCUAACAGAGAUGACAGUGCUAAAUGGCUUGUUGCAGCAUCUCAUUCACCUAUUGCUAAAAGCUUUGGAAGAAAGGUUUUUGCACAACAACGAUUUCACAUUGUUGGCAGAUGCUGACGAACGUAGAGUGACCAUUUCCACUUCCACAUACUGUAUGCUGACUCAUGAGCUGACACUCACACUCUUAUUUUCUUGUUUGAGAUAAGACUUAAGAGAAUUUACAUACUCAAAAUCUAUUAUGACCCUUUGCUGCUGUAAAACUUUCCUUUUAUUAUAAUCAUUCACCAACUAUCUGAUAACCUGGAGGGGAGCAAUUCUACUUUCAUUCAUGGAGCUAAUUUUAUUCUUCAGGGCACCAGAGUACGGCAACAUUUUGCUGUGUUUUCAGUAUGUAAGAGGAGCGGCUUUUAAUAAACACUUAGAUGGGAUUAUUUCAGUUUUGGAGAAACGUUGACGUGACCUCAAACUCGCCAGGUUUUUAUUCAUCAUUUGAGAGCAACAGAAUAAUAUUGUUGUCAAAGUGUUCCUCUGUUGUCCUCUGACCGCUAUGGUGUCAGAUUAUUUGAUAUGGCGCCAGACGAAGCAAGACUAGCAGUGUUUGCAUUUUGUUCUGCAGGACUAUAUUUGUCGUGACUGUCAACGCACGUAUUGUUCUGAACUCGAAACCGAGUCCAGAUCAUGUAGGAGGGUGUCAGCCGUGCACACAGUCCUUUCAUUUUCAGUUCAUAAUCGUCUCAUCACCUGUGUGUGUGUGUGGGUUUUGUCCUCUCUUUCAUUCAUGGCAUUUGUCCUCCUGUUUCAGAUGAUGGGGGCUGGAGUGGGUCAGUACCAGUCUCUGUACUCCACACCUGUUCACACAGAAGCGGGAAAGUGGGACGCCCUGGUCAAAGCCAGUGAAAGUCUUCUGAAAGAGAAGGAGCUCAUCAUUGAAAGGCAAGCGUUUUUUAUUAGUAGCAUUAAAGAACAUCAUCGUUUGCAAAAUAAAUAAGAGCUGACUUUUGAAAGGCUAGUAGUAUUUUUUUUAGUAUUUUUCUACAGUUCAUAAUUUUUUAUUUUUUUUUAUUUUUUUUUUUAAUAAAUUUAUUUUAACUUUGUUUUAACUGUGUUCUUAAUGCCCUGUACAGUGUCCUUGGGUGUCCAGAAAGGCGCUUUUAAAUAUAUUGUAUUAUAAAAAAAAUGUAUUACAAUGAUGUUGACUUCAGUGUUGUUCUUGUGCCGCAGACAAAAGCAGCACAUGACCCAGUUGGAGCAGCGUCUGAGAGAGAGCGAGCUGCAGGUCCACGGAGCUCUCCUGGGCCGAGGAGCUUCCUAUGGGGAUAUGUGCAUGCUACGGCUACAGGUCGCUCUUACAGAUAAAUCUGAGAACACCGUUAGUGAUGUCACUCAAGAACCCCUUUUUUUUUUUUAACCUUCACAUCACUUUACUGUGGCUUUACAGGAGGCUCAGCGGGAGAACGUGUUCCUCAGAGCGCAGUUUACCGAGCGCACCGACUGCGCUGUGCUAGAAAAAGCCGAGGCAGAGCGCAGACUAGGGGCUGUCGAGGCUGAGACACGCCGGCUAACCGACAGCCUGAAGGAGACAUGUGAGAGACACGCAGAGGAGAUGAAGAAACAGGAAGAGAGGGUUAGUGCUCGCCUAACCCAGUUUCCUGUUGUACUGUGUCAAACUGCUACACAGCAGAGAACAAAAGAAGAACACUUCUAUGGCUUUGAGAACUUCAAAAUGAUUGAUGUGCUUACAAUUUAUUCACUUUGCUUUUAUGGUACUAAUGUAUGAGGGAGGCAUUUCAAAACGGGAGAGAAACCACGAAAAAAAAAAAAAAAAAGUGAAACUACAAUUUUGAAUUCAUCCUUACUCUUUUCUUUUUCAGAUUUACUUUUGGGUCUUUUGUCUUUGUUCGUGAGAAGUCAGGAUAGUGCACAGAGCAAGGCAUGGGGAGGAGAGCAGGGAGAGGCAUGCAGGAAAAUUAGCUGAAUUGAACCCAGGCCGUCCAUGCAAGGGUUAUAACCUCCAUAGGGACUGUGCAUAGGCAGUUAGUCCAGUCACUUGGUGUUGUAGGAAAAGCGUGUCCUUUACUUGAGCUUCUCACCUGCAGUAACUGUGACUUGUUACUAGUGCUGGGUGAUGUGGCCUCAAAUCAACAUCACUAUAUAUUGAGCAGUUCACAUCGAUAACAAUAGAUGGACAGUAACUACUCCACAAGUUGCUCACCCCCUCCCACAUUAACUUUGUCAACUUCAGCUGCCACUCCAGCCUCUAUAACUUUUGAACCGUCCUCCAUCUCCUCACCUGUCUUUCCCUCUUUGUUAGGGAUUGGAUGGGGUUGAGUCACGUCUCUGACAUAGGACAGCAUCUUCAGAAUCAGAAUCAGAGUGCCUUUUAUUGUCAUUAUACGCAGUACAAUGAGAUUAAAGCCACCCAUAUCAGUGCAAGACAUUAUAAAAAGAUAGAUAAAAAAUAUAGAAAAAUAUGAAACUAGAUUAAUAUGAAGUAUAUACAAUGUAAACGUGUGGACCUGAGAUUCUUUUGACAGGAUAAAUAUGGUACGGAUGUGCAUAGGUGUAAUAUGUAACAGUAUGAAAAAAAAAAAAAAAAAAAAAAGGGACAUGAGACCAUAGCCUACCUACACACAUCCAAAACCAACUUUUAUUUAUUUAUUUUCUUGACACCGAAUUUACCGAUAUGGGCAAAGUGACGUCAGUUAUUGUCGUAAAUUUAAGUAUCUGUAAAUUUCAGAUUUAUCGCUCAGCCCUACUUGUUACCUUCUGAGCGGAUUCCUAUCAUCAUAAUCAUGUUUGCCCACAGAUUCGUAGUCGGGACAAGCACAUUAACAACCUGAAGAAGAAGUGUCAGAAAGAGUCAGAGCUGAAGAGAGAGAACCAGCAACGCAUUGAGACUCUGGAGCGCUAUCUAGCUGACCUGCCCACUUUGGAGGACUACCAGAGCCAGAACAAACAGGUAAGGACAGUUCUUCUACACGUCCAUAGAGUCUCCUCAUUUCUGCUAAAUUAUUAAACCUGGAUGUACGCUUUCAUCAGCUUUUAGAGGCUGAGCAGCAGGUGACUCAGCUCCAGGAAAAAGUACGAGAAGCCGAGGUCUGCCUGGAGACGACGCGCUCACAACUCCGGGAGAGAGACGCACAUCUAGAGGAUCAAAAACGCAGGGAGAGAGACCUGCUGACCACCAUUACAGAGUAAGAACAUAGAGAUCAACUUCAGAGUUUCAUCUUCUCAUUAAAAGUUUUGAUUCAAAGACUAAUAACUCAUCACGUAUGUGUAUGUGUGUUUAUUUUUGUCCUUGUCAGUAUGCAGCAGCGGGUACAGCAGGGCCUGGAGGACGGAGCCAGACUACCAUCUCUGGAUAUUGACAAGCUUAGAGGGGAGAACAGUGCGUUGCGAGAGGAGCAGCAGCGACUCAAAAAGGUCCUUUGUUUGUCUGUUUUGACCUAUUUUGGAAGAUCUUCUGGGUGUGUGAAAUAGUCAUGGGGCAGUUUUGAUAUUAGUGCUGCUUUUAUUCAUGAUGUUCAGAGGCUGUGCAAGGCAGACAGAGAAACUGGGGUCUUAUUUGCUUAAUUUCGUCUUCCCUAAAGUAGAUCACACAGAGCACACAGUUUUUCUUCUUCCACUGUAAGUUUAUUUGAACCUGAAUUUACUUGAGCUUCGAAAAACAAUCUAGCUAAGCGAGCUCAGAGUAAGUGAGUUCAGCUCAGUUGAACAAAGAGAAGUGCUUAUUUCCCUGGAAGUAAGUUCAUGUAAAUUGUGGUUCAUGUUCUCAGCUGCAGAUGUUCCGUCAAAGGGUAAAAAUAACUUCUCUAAAUUCUGUAUCAGUCUUGUUUCUAGUUGUUUUACGGCAUAGCUUCUCCUUUACCAGCUUCUCUGUGUUUGCUGUGCCCCUUAGACUCACCUGCAGAGUUCACAUUUUCACAUGACUGCCACAUAGAUUAGCUCACAACCUCCCCAUCUCCAGAGGUGAAAGGAGAAGAUGUCCUUUGAGUGUUUUUAUGUGCGAUGGUUUUGCUCAAAAGCUUGUUUCUUCUCCGUGCAGGUUAUUGAGAAGCAACACCGGAUGAUGGAGCAGCUUGGCUCCCAGAUCCAGGUCUUUAUCUUUUCUCUUUGUGUCUUGAUGAUUUGUAUUGUGCAUAUUUGUGAAUUACUAACUGUGUGUGUCCACAGGCAUUAGAGGAGCAGAUUUCUCAGGAGGAGAGCAGCUCUCAGGCUCUCAGAGAGGAGGUGUUAGCCAAAGAGCAGAAUGUGUUGGAGCUCCACACAGCCAUGAAGGAGGUAGGACAUAAAAAAACAUAUCCUUUUUCUCAUCAAGAUCUGUAAGGAAGGUACCAGUCCCUGAUCAAUCUGUUACUGUUUCAGCUGUCGGCCCAGAACCAGGAACUGAUGGAGCAGAAUCUGACCCUGCAGGAGCAGAUGAGCGAUCCUGAGCAGAUGAGCUCUAACCAGGCCUCCUCCACCCUGCAGCCUGCCGGGGCUCGCCUCACACAGAGGCUGCAUCUGGAGAUCGCUUCCUGCCUCAGCGACCUGCGCUCACUGUGCAGCAUCCUGACCCAGAGAGCACAGGGACAAGACCCCAACCUCUCCCUGCUGCUCGGCCUUGCAUGUAAGCUCUACUUGAAAUCCUUCUCAAAGAUAAGCUGACUACUUUUAAAUAUAUUAGAAAGUUCCAAGAAAGUUGUACAACAUGAAACUAGUUUUUUUUUGUGUUUUGGUUUUUCAGCACCCCCGCCUGUGGGAGAACAGCCAGAAGACUGGAUGAGCCCUGAGGUGCUGCAGAAGAAGCUGGUCGAAGCCCAGCAGCUCCGCCGGGAUGUUGAGGAGCUACGCAAUGUGAUACUGGACCGUUACGCACAGGACAUGGGAGAAAACUGCAUCACCCAAUAACACCUGCACCCAGAAGGUGAAAUAAAAACUUUCAGAAAGCCCAACUUCACCUCUGGAGACUCUAAAACCAGCUUGUCUUUCAGUUACUGAAUGUUAAAACGAGGACUGGAUUUUAAUCUUCUUAAAAAGGAGGACAGGAAAGCCCAAAUGGUUUAGCUUCCCCUCCUUUGCUCCUCUGUACUGACUGUAUGAAUAUCCUCGAGCCGCCUACCUGUAGCUCAGAAACCUCCCAACCCCUGGUGAGUUCAUCUAUUUCAGUCCAAGGGCUAACAGGAAAUAACUUACCUCUAAUACUUGAUCCUUAAGCAUUGUGUGUGUGUGCGUUUGUGUGUGUGCGUGCGUGUGUUUUAUGUAAUAAUGACAUGACAGCGUCAGUUACCAAACAGUCUUAUACUUUUUGUUCCACUCUGGUGGAUAGUGUUUUUUUGUGUAGAAGUCCCACAGAUAUAAUUUAUUGAAAUGUUCAUUUCCCUGGGCAGGGGAAUUCUUCAAGAAGUGGUUGACAAUCAACUGAAGGUUUAUGAAUCUGUGCUUUUAACUGAAUUCAGAAAAAGUGACUAAACAUGCCAUUAUUUGAAAUGGUGAACACUGUAACGUUAGACUCUGCUGUGAGGAAAAAACUGUAAAAAAAACAAAACAAAAAAAAAAACAACUGAAGUGUUCGUUACCAAAAAUCAGCCUCUCACACCAACAGACCUCCAACGGUUUUCAAACCAAAGACAAACUCUGGUGGAGUCUGUGAAUGUUUGUGAACGCUCCUCUCUGCUGCAGGCCUCGUUCUGAAUGAACACCAACAUGUGCCUUCCUGUCACGCUUGCAACCACGAUGCUAAUUUAUUUUUUAGACCAAUCACAAAGGGCUGUUUGCAGCGGACUCUUUCAAUACGACCUUUCUCUUAGCGUAUCAAACGGUAGGAUUGUCGAUACAUUCCAUGACUCUGAAUGUAGCAGAUGACUCUGGAGCUCGUGGAGGCCCGACACUGUUUUCGUUUCUUUGUGUUCUUGUUAGAUGAUUGAGGUUAGUUCAAACCCUUUAGUCUGUGUAGAUGGACGACUUUACAGUAAACUUUACAUUUCAGGUUGAUAAGGCUGAACCGCAUUAGACGGAGUGGUUAACUGCAAUGACGUAGGUAUGACUGAGAAACAGUAUUAAUCUUCAGUAUUAUUUAUUUGUUUUGUUUGCAUUGACAACUCAGCGAGCCCCUCUAACACGUCGCUGUAACAGUGUGCUAAUUAAUGCAUUUGAGCGUAUUUAGCGUCCACAAUGUGUAAAGGUCCCAUGAAGUGGCUUUUAGAUUGUCAUUUCUUCUGCGGUUUGUCCUGUUUUAUAUGAGAUGAAGAUGUUCGAAGCUGGAGUUAAUGUUGGACAAAGCUUAAAACCUGGAAGCAGUCAUCAAGGCUCCUUUGUGGUCUUCUGAGAACGGGAAGAAUGUGUGAAUCCUAUGUGAUGAUGAUGAUGAUGAUGAUGAUGAUGAUGAUGGGGUUGGCUGGAUCACCCUCACAUCACCAGUUGCAUCACAUCUUGGCAGAGUUUUGGUGUUUGCCUGAGUGCUUGAGAAGCCAUUUAAAAACACUUGAGUUUACAGAAGGUCAAAGGGAUUUGAAUUCUACAAAUAUAUGCAACAACGUCCAGGGACACAAGCCAUUUUUCAUUUCAUGGGACCGUUUUACCUGAAGUAGCACAAGACUUAACCUUAGAAAAAGUCAGGCUCCGCAUGCCUUAACAUCUCAAAUGUUUUUGCAAAAGGGAAAAAGAUGUUUAUAUUUUCAUACUUUGGUCCUAGUUUGUAUUUGCAUAUUUUAGAAAUAAAGAUUUUCUGCAUUUUG